CUGCUACCUAGGUAGGUAGCCUGUUACAGUCGGAGUUUCACGAUAUUAUACAGCAAGCAUUCCGUGACCGAUCACCAAAUCUUCUGGAAAAACGAAUCGCAAAUAUUUUGCGAAAACAAGCAUCGGCAUUUUAUUUCCAUGAUGGAUGUUCAUCUCCUAGUCUACGAUCUGUCGGGUGGACUUGCCCGACAAAUGUCUAUGGGCAUGCUUGGAUUCCAACUUGACGCAAUAUAUCAUACAUCCAUCGAGCUAGAGGGCGUGGAAUAUGUCUAUGAUGGCGGGAUCAAUUCCAUACGGCCCGGGAGCUCCCAUCUCGGCCGGCCCCUCGAACGCAUUCUUCUUGGCAAAACCGAACUUCCCCUAGAAGUGAUUGUUGAGUAUAUUGACUCGCUGAGGGAGAUCUACACACCUCAGGCUUACGACUUGUUUCGUCAUAACUGUAACAACUUCAGCAACGACUUCUCGACGUUUAUGUUAGGCAAGGGCAUUCCGGAGCAUAUCGCGAACAUGCCACAAGCGGUGCUUGACUCCCCGUUUGGUAGAAUCUUGCAACCACAAUUAGAACAGAUGGUUCAACAGCGAAAGGCUCAGCAAGGUGGGCUUCUCGGCAUACAGAAUAACCAACAGCAUAUCAACGGAGCAGCAUCAUCUCCAUCCACAACCGUUGUGGAAGUGUCCAAUCUCCGAGCUCUCAACGCCGCCUUGGAGCGUGCAGCAAACAAGUCAGCCAUAAUAUUCUUUACUUCAGCUACGUGCCCACCUUGCAAGGUCCUCUACCCACUGUACAACGAGCUUGCAGCUGAAUUUUGGGAAAUGGUGGCCUUGAUCAAAGUUGAUAUCUCGCGAGCAAGCGACGUUGCACAGCAGUAUAGUGUGACUGCAACACCCACAUUCAUGUCUUUCAUCCAUGGCAAGCUACAAGAAAAUUGGGCUGGAGCUGAUCCGGCUCGGCUGAGGGGUACGGUGAAAUUGUUGGCCAACAUGGCUGCUGGGCCUUCUCACCCGCACCGUUUGUUGCAUCUCCCACACUUAUCGAACACCGAUUCAAAACCAGUCUUAUUCACCAAACUCCCGCCAAUACCGAAGCUGUUGUCGAAGCUGGGACCAACUGCAAACGAUGCUGCGAUACAAGGCAUGAAGCAUUUCAUCGAGGCAAGAUCUGGGGAAGGGCCAGCGAUGGCGACAUUGCCCAACCUACUUGCUUUCUCAAAUUUUGUCGUCACAGCAUUAGCAGACUUACCUCGAGAGCUCCUCUUCACUGUAGUAGAUCUGUUUCGAUGCGGACUCAUUGACCCGCGUUUGAGUGGCUACUACGCUGAGGAACAUGAUCAUAAGACCAUCGUUACGCUUCUGGAGGCCGUGAACGGCGACCCCCAAAGUCCUUACGCGCUCCGCUUGGUUACAUUACAACUGACUUGCAAUCUUUUCUCAAGCCCCUUGUUCCCUGAACAGAUCCUCGGACAGAGCACAUUACGUACUGCUAUCACUCAGCUUAUUUCAAGCAGCUUUCUCGAUGAUAGUCACAAUAACGUUCGGGUGGCAGCUGCAUCACUACUGUAUAACGUAGCUCAUGAAAAUAGCCGGAAAAGGCAGCAGUCGAAAGAGGGGCUUCCUGAAGAGGAUCAGAUAGAGCUAGCGGCUUCGGUUUUAGAAGCUAUUUCCCAAGAAGAGUCCUCAAACGAGGCACUACACGGGAUGCUUUUGGCAUUAGGGCAUUUGGCGUAUUGCAUGCCUGUGGAGGGCGAACUAAUAGACUUACUGAGGACGAUGGACGCACAAGGGACCAUUAUAGCGAAAAAGAAAGCGUUCCCUAGUGAGCCCUUGGUAAACGAAAUCGGGACUGAGUUAUUGGGCAAGGGUCUUGUCAGAAGAUGAUCUAGAUCAUUAUACAGUAUAAAAAAUAGUGUAGUGGCCUUCGGUCUCGACAGUCGUGGGAGAUAAACAUAGAUCGAUUACGUAGAUAUAUAUAUAUACUUAAUUAGACGACCAUUCAUAACAUUAUAUCUGUUUCUAACACUACCAUCGAAUCCAUGAUAAUAAGGGAGGUAGAGAUUCGAGGAAACGGGAAAAGGGAGUAUAGUAGACAUACCUCACACAGCUCUGAGCAGAUUCAAGCUAUAUAAGAGCGUAAUUAGAGGUACAAGAGGGAAGGUUUAGUGUCAUAAACGAGUAAGCGUGGAAUAUAGGAGAUAAGAAGGAAGGUCGGUACGCGAAGGGGGUCAAAGAGUUUAAGUAUCUGACGCUCAGGAUGAGACCUCAUGACUCGGUAAAAGUGUCCGAUAUCUAAAGAGAACAACUGUGCUGGCAAGGUUGCAAUCUUUUAACAGCAAGGUGAGCUCUGUUGGUACAAGGUUACAUGUCCUCAAGCCCGCCUUGGCCGAUAUCUU